AUGAAGUUCGUGGAGGCUGCUCGGGUUUCGGUUCUGCUGUUGGUGCUGCUGGUGGGAGAUACCCGCAGAGUGCAGGGGAAAGCGGCUCGGCUGGAGCGUUGGGUGAAAGCUGGAGUGCAGUACCUGAAGGUGCACCUGUGCCGCAGAGUAGCGUUACCGGAGAGCGAGUGCCGCAGACUCGCUCACCUCCAGUCCGGCGGAAUAGCCGUGUAUACCUCAGAGUCCGGCUCCGGUAAAGUGCUCGCUAUCCUGCCCGACUCUCAUCCCGCAGGAAAAGCGGAGCACGGUGCAGCCAAAAGUGGCCUUGAGCGGGAGCGCUUCACCGACGUGAGCGCGCAUGACGCUGUGCUCGUGCUCGACCCGAGUCCUGGAGAGAGCUUUGGCCACCCUGUGCUGCUCUUCUACGUGGACUUUAACGUAGCCAAGAAAAGGUGUGCCCACAUGGAAGGGAUUUAUUUGGAAGAGGAGUGUAUGACGCUGGCUCUGAAGACUCGCUGUCAGAAUCAGCUAAAGCGGCGAAGGAGUCGAAGCGACCGCACACAGAUUCGGAAGAGUGUGGUGCCCAGAACAAGCCAUACAGAGCGUAGCAGUGGCCUCUGUGAGAUCCACUUCCUGCCCCGAGUGGUGGGAGUGAGGGACAAUAAUCGAACUCAGCGCCUCCGCUGUGUGGACCAUCCAGAGUUUGCUAGAUGUCCACAGCCUUUGCCCCUCACUAGUCCAAAUGUGCCUAUUUCAAGCUGUGAGCUCAAUAAAAACACCCGUCGAUGCCACCAGCAGCCUCUCGCCACACAUCUGUCCUGUCGGCUCUACCAGACCUGUGACCAUGCUGUGCUACUGUCAGGUGGUUGGCAGGAACAGAUCACAUACCAACACCAUGAGCAGAAUCUGUUGCUCUUUUACCAGAUGCUAAAAAACAAUGGUUUUCACAAGGAUCACAUUAAAACAUUUUUUGCUGGAAGUGGACAGAUAGAAGCUAAAGAGACAGAAGAAAUGUACCCAGCCACAGAAAAGGAGGUAAUCAGGAACCACAUCUCCUACAUCUGUCGCAAACAGCACUGCGCAGACACAUUUGUCCUGUACCUGAACAGCCCGACUCGCAACGACGGAACCAUGCUGCUAUGGGAUCGCAACAACAACGGCAUUGCAGAUUUAAAGGAGCGCUAUUCAGUAGGUGAGUUGCUGGCUGACCUUGCAGGCUGCAGGGCAAGUCGAGUGCUGCUCUUUGUUGAGCAAAGCUACACCGGAGUCCUCACUAAGAGACUAAAAGGCUCUCUUAAACACCUCAAUGUGGUUCUGCUCAACGGCCUGCCCUGGGUGAACACAGCACAGAUCUGGGCCUCUCUGCACCCAUCCCACUGCCUCAUUGACCACCUCAGUAAGAAUUCUGUAAUGCCUCAUAUGGGUGAAGGGAUAAGCCUGCUGAAUGUGACACUGUCUGGAGCUCCCUGUAACUCCACCCCACCUCUUUCAGAGGCUGAGAUGAGGAAGGAGUACAUGGGCUGUCAGAACUUGCCAACAGCACUGUGGCACCAGGGUCGUCGGAAGUCCCACAACAUUGAGAAAAACUGAGAGACAAUGCUUUUUCUACUGGUGCAGCUGGUCCAACAUCACUAUCAGCAUUUAAUCUCAUCUAGAGAAUGCUAGAGAUGCCAAACUUGUCUUUUUGGUCAUCGUAGUCCUUUAAUACGGCUUUUAUUCUUUGGUUGUAACGCUAGAUUCAGGCAGCUGCUUUAGGAUGCUGCUAAUCAGGAAUAAAAAUAUCUGUAUAAAUUAUUGUUGCUCAACUACAGCUCGAACUGUCAUUAGCUGGACUCAGUCUAUCCAAAACUUAUGGACCCUGGUAUGAUGGAUGAACAGAAACAGACUAUUGUGGCAACAUAUAUUGUUUAAAAGAAAGUGUUAUGUCCUCCAUCUGUAGCAGGAGACAGCAUCCUGGUGUUUGGUUCCUCCAGUAUUUUUGUCUACCUACUGUGGAGCUUCCCCUGGCGGGCAGCGGCACUUGUACAUCACUCCACAUUCAGAGCGUCCUGUCGCGGGUCAGUGCUCACGUCACAUCCAGGAAAUAGAACAACGAGGACUAUCCCAGUCUGCCAUUUGAGGACAAAUGUUUGUUUCCCUUGCAGACACCAUGAAGGAAACUAUGCAUUGCCGUUAUUUAGUCAUGUGAACUGUUCCUGCAACAAGCUUUGCCUUCACUCUUUCUUUUUGAAUUUUGCUCUUACUUUCGAAAGAGUUGUGACCAUUUUUCCAUUUUUAUCUGAUGUGUAUCAGAGAUGGCCCUUAGGAGACAGACCUCAAACUAGAGGAAGACAUGCAGUUGUACAAAUUUCAAAGAUAAUCAAGGUCAAUAUAAGUUAAGAAUGAAAAGAACAUUUACUUUUUUCUACAAAGGUCACUGACAUGGUUAGACAUUAUAGAUCUGAUCAAGCUUAUUUGUGUACAAAGUAUAUAAUGUAAAGGUGUUGUGAGUUCAAGUCAGUUAUCAUAUACAUUCAAACCUCUUUUCUCUGUACAAUAUCCCCUUAAACCAUGUUCAGUGCAUGUUGAUUAAACAUAGUUUAUUAGACUCUACCCAUAUGUAAAAAAAAUUGUAUAGACCAGAAAUGCAUUUAUUUUGUAAAUGUCAUGCUGUAUUACAUAAAUGAAUUUUAAUGUCACUUAAGAUGACAAUGUCCA